ACUGAGUCAGAGUCGGGCGACGACUGUAUUCAGUGUCCAUUCCAUGGCUGGAGGUUUGGCGGAGACGGACAGUGCAAACGCAUACCUAAUCACCAAGACUCGGAGUUAAAGGCAAUAAAACCAGUGGUAAAGAAAUGGCCGACAAUAGAGAGGAAUGAAUUGAUAUAUGUUUGGCACCACUCGGAGGGCUCGGAGCCCGACCACUACCCCGAGGACUUUGUCGCCAAAUACGGCCACAAACUAUCACUUAAAUGCUCGAUUACAAGACUUAUGGACAGCAACCAUGAUUUGUGUCACGUGUCACCGGUGCUGAUCGCGCUUUUUAUUGGCGAAGAUGACUCAAUGCUGGGACCUUUUUUAUCACUGGCGGCCACUGUACCAUUGGGCCAUGGUCAAACACUCCUGAAAACCUUUGUGUACCGCAAGCCAACUAUGUUGAACAAACUAUAUGCUAUAGCCGUCCACUAUAUGAUCAAACUACAGGUUGAGGCCGAUAUGGUGAUUUGGGUGAAUUUCCAGAAACAAAGCACCCGAUACUUACCCGCAACGACCAAUUAA